AACAAAACAUUGCUGCAUGCAAUGUGAAAUUCUAAAUUCUGUGCGGUGUAUCAGAAUGUGAACUCUCAUGUUCCUAUUUUAAUAUUUUAUUACGAUUACAUUAUACUAUACUAAUAAUUUUAAAAGUUAAAUUUCUGGGCUAUUUUCUAUAAAAAAUAGCGUGUAGUUUUAGUUGAAUUCUCGUUUAGAUUUUACUUUUACUUAUUUUUUUUCAUGAUUAACAUUUACGCUUUCAUAAAUCAAUUAUCUUUUGCGUAAAAUAAAACUAGAUACAUUUAACAAUAUUUUAUUUUGUCUUUCAAAAGAUGUCUCUUCUUACAUAUUUUUUUAUACCACGCAGUCGCAUGAUUUUACAGUGUCUGAAUAAUGUGAAGUUUCCAAUUUCUGAACGAAGAACGUUUACUUUUCAGUAUAUAAGUUCAUCGAAAACGUAUUUCUCUUUGCCUUUUAAAAAUAGAUUAAUUUCUAAUUCCGAGCCUUGCACAGUUAAAUUUUUGUCCUGGACCUCUCAGAAAAGUUUCAAUUUUCGAAUUAGUGUGUAUCGUACAUUUCGAACAUCUCCUCCAAGAAAUGUGCAUCCGGCUGUCUGGAUAGUGCUUCGUCCGGCUUUAAAAGUCGCUGCUGUUGUGACUGGAAGAGGCAUUAGGAAAUGGUGGAGAAAUUUACCGAAAGAUAAGAAACGGUACUUUUUGAAUGAAUUAAAAGCAAACAGAAGAAAAAUUGGAAUUGCAUUGUCUUUGAUUCUUUGCUUAUCAGUUGGAUAUUACUUAAGCCAUUUGGAGCUCACUCCAAUAACUAAAAGAAGACGUUUUAUGGCCUUUAACCCAAAACAGCUGGACAGAAUUAAUGAAUUUGAAUUGGAGCAGAUUAUGGAAAAUUUUGGCCCCAAAAUGCUUCCUCCUAACCACCCUGCUGUAAGAAGAGUUGAGAGAGUUGUUAGACGUAUUAUUGCAGCUAAUGCAGAUAUUAAAGAACUGGAAGGGAAAAAAUUUGGAAUUUCUGUUAUUGAUAGUACAAUUGAAAAUGCCUUUGUUAUUCCAUUAGGUCAUGUAUUUGUCUUCUCGGGUAUGUUAAAUCUUUGCAGCAAUGAUGACCAACUUGGAAUAAUUUUGUCUCAUGAGAUUGCACAUUGUAUUAUGAAUCAUGGGGCAGAAAAUGUUAGCUUUGUUCACCUGCUAGACUUGAUUUCUCUUGUAAUAAUUGCAGCUAUCUGGGCAGUGAUUCCUAAUGACAGUGUAUCAUUGUUGUCACAUUGGCUAUACCAAAAGUGCAUUCAACUUUUCUUGGAACUGCCAUACAAUAGAACAAUAGAAGUCGAAGCUGAUUUUGUAGGUCUUCAGCUAGCAGCUAAAGCAUGUUUUGAUGUGCGUGAAAGCAGCGCCUUUUGGAAUAAAAUGGCAUUUUUAAGUAAAACAUUUGGUAAUGGACCUGAAAUCGAAUUUUUGUCCACACAUCCAAGCCAUGAAAAACGCUCUGAAUAUUUGGAUAGCCUUAUGGAACAGGCUUUACAGUUACGUUCAUCAUGUGGUUGUCCAAGAUUGAGUUACAGAGAUCCAAGACUUGAUGUUGCAACUGCAAAUUUAGCACUGGAAUUAACUAGAAGGAAGUUUUUUGAAUUAAAUAAGAAACCAGAGAAUAUUUUUAAAGUUUGAUAUUUGAACAUUUAAAUUAAAUUUAGAUAUUAUAAAGUAUGUUAUUGCUGUGAUUCUUUAAAUCAAAAAUUUUGUUAAAAUGGGGAAAAAAAUUUCUAUUAUAAUUUGAGAAAUGAAACUAAAAAUGAUUUUUGAAAUUUUUAUAAAAUCGAUGUUUGUAAAU